AUGUCUGAUCCUCAGCCAUCAAGCUCGAAUAAUGGCAAACAACCUAUGCGGAAGAAUGACCCAAUUGUUGAGCAAAGUGAGGGAACGAGGAAGACUAGCAUCAGUAGCAUUUCUAAUUCUCCAAGCCUUAACCCUAGAUCGUUGUCUAAAUCCAGACGAAGAUCGAAACAGCAUCUAAGAAGACCGGCACCGGGCGGCUCAGCAAGUCAAAAAUUGAUUUUCUCUGUAGAUGAUGAUCCUGGAGAAAAAGAGAAUGUAGAAGCUAUUAAAAAUAAGGGUAAGCUUGAAAGGGAAUACUUAGAAGGUUAUAAUGAUGCUUUGAAAGCACUUUACCUGAAAAGAUCAAGAUACAUAGUCAACCAAGAUCCAAAUACAAGUUACACACCAGUGUAUGAUAGAGAUACUAGUGAAAAUCAAACAGAGGUUGAUGAUAUGUUGAAAUCUACUAAUGACGCCGAAAAUAUACAUUCGUUUAAGUCUGCAAAUAUAGAAUCGAAUCUUAUUAACAGUAUAAUAUCUGCAAAGGAGAACUUGAAACUUUUAAAGUUUCUUGAAAAUAGCAAAGAUAAUGAGCCUCCUAUUGAUCAAGUUUUGGGUGAUGAAGGAGAAGGAAGCGGUAGUAACGAUGAUGAUGACGAAUCGAUUAAAUCUGGAUCGUCAAUUGAAUCUUUAAAUUUAAGAGAGAGACAAGAUGCCAUUAACUCUACACAUCCUUUCGGUAUUAAGAUUUGGAAGCCAUCAUUGUACAAGAAGAAAAGAUCUGUUGCUGCAAGAGCUGAAGAAGAUAUUCAUGAUUAUGAUUCUCAUGAAUCAACAUAUAGAAUAUUUUGGGGAGUAUAUGUUUGCAACUUCGUAUGGUCAAUCACUUUUGGGUUAGCUUUAUUUGCAUUAUGUCUCGUUGGUGCAUUUGUUGUGUUCAUAUUAUCAGGCUUUGCAAUUAAUCGUCAGCUGAGACCAUAUGUAAAAUUAUUAGUCAAGUUAGGAAAAUAUUGGCUCUCUCCAUUCGGUAAGUUUGUGCUUUUGACUAAGGAUAAGAACUAUUUAGAUGAAGAUCAAUUGGAAGGAAGAACUAUUUCUGAGUAUCAAAAAUGGAGGGAACAAGAGGAAGGUAGAUUAUUUUUUGCUCCACCAAGAAGAUAUACAAACGCAAAUAAUGAAUCAGCACCACUUCUUAAGGAUCACAAAGGAAGACCCCUAAGCGAUGCAUAUUCUUCUCUUGGCACAGCUGAUUCAAGUGCUAAUGCUCUCGAAGAUCCCUUUGAAUCAGAUGAUGAAGAAGGGCAAGAUUUAGAACUUGGUGAUAUCAAAAAGAGAUUCUUUGGUAGAGGAAGUUGGUCUUCAGGCCGUUUUAUGUUUUAUUUAUACUUUUACGUCAUUUUGCAACCCAUUAUUUGGACAGUAGGGAUAAUUUGUUGGUUCUUUGUUUUCACAAUUCCGAUCGCAAAUGUUGCAAACAUAUUAUGCGAUCAUUUGAGACGUCAUCCUUUAGCAUUGCACUUCGAAUUGGAAAAAGAAUACUAUGCAAACAUCGCAAAUAAAGAUACUAGAAACAAGAGAAAACAUCAACUGAUUAUCUUAUGUACCUAUAGGUGCUGUGGUUUACACUACUACAAAUAUACUAUAGAUGGAACGAACGUUUUCUUUUACAAUUUGCUUGCGGCUGUUAUAUUUGUUAUUUUUGACUAUUUUGUUCUAAAAGAAAAAUUUGGUUGGGAAACCUGGUUUACAGAUUCAUCGUUUUUAUUUUGUGCUUGCUUGUUCUCCAUUAUACCUCUAGCAUAUUUUAUUGGUCAGGCUGUUGCUUCUAUUUCAGCCCAAUCCUCAAUGGGACUUGGUGCUGUUAUUAAUGCCUUUUUCUCGACAAUCGUGGAAAUUUUCUUAUAUUGUGUGGCUUUAAAUCAAUCCAAAGGCAAAUUAGUUGAAGGUUCAAUGAUUGGUUCAAUUUUAGGUGGUGUUUUAUUACUUCCAGGUUUAUCCAUGUGUGGUGGAGCACUUAAACGUAAGACACAACGUUAUAACCCUCGUUCUGCGGGGGUCUCUUCGACUAUGUUAUUAUUUGCUAUGGUUACCAUGUUUGCACCAUCUUUAUUUUACCAAAUCUAUGGAUCUUAUGAUGUGAUGUGUAAAAAAUGUGAUACUAAAUUGGAUUUGGUUGACGCUGGAGAUUGUACAAAAUGUCGUUUUGUGCAGCCAUCAUUUACUUUGGAUACCUUAUAUUAUGCCAUCAUCAAACCUUUUUCUAUGAUUGUUGCAACCGCUUUAUUUUCGGCCUACGUCUGCGGUUUGUUUUUUACCCUCAGAACGCAUGCUUCUUUGAUUUGGGCUACUAAUUCUCAUGAACAAGCUGUCCUCAACAAAAGAGAUGACUAUUUCAGAUCACCUAGCAUGGUUAGUUUAGACCCGUCAUUGCAACUUAAAUCAGGAAAACCACAGUUGAAACAAGUUAACUUGUCCCCCUCCAUCUCGGCUGCAUACUCUAGUGGGGUUGAUUCACAUAAGCCAAACAGUGCCUCAAAAACACUCUUGACUCAAUCCCCUUCCUUGGAUGCAAAUAAAAGUCGACAAACUGUAUCUCGUAAUAAUUCGGCCAUGGGGAAUGUAAAUAAGCAAAAAGCUGCUAACGACAAUGAAACUGGCAUCAAAAAUGCAAAUAAAGACGCUGAGAGUGAAAUAGAAGGGAAUGUUGGUCACAAUGCUGCUAAUUGGUCCAGAAACAAAUCUGCUAUUAUUUUACUUGGUGCAACCUUAUUAUAUGCUGUAAUUGCGGAGAUUUUAGUUGAUAAUGUGGACGCUGUUUUGUCUGAUUUCCCUAUUAAUCCUAAAUUCUUAGGCUUAACUGUUUUCGCUCUAGUCCCGAAUACUACCGAAUUCUUAAAUGCUAUUUCUUUCGCAAUAGGAGGAAAUGUUGCCUUGUCUAUGGAAAUUGGUAGUGCUUAUGCUUUGCAAGUUGUUCUAAUUCAGAUUCCCAGUUUAGUCUUAUAUUCAAUUUAUAAAGGAUUUGAUGAUGUUGAGAAAAUAUUCUCUUUGGUCUUUCCAAGAUGGGAUAUUAUUGCUACUUUGAUUUCAAUUUAUUUAUUUACUUACAUUUAUGCUGAAGGAAAAUCUAAUUAUUUCAAAGGUGUUAUUUUAAUAUUGAUAUAUGCAGUGGUAUUAAUGGGAUUUUGGUACAAUGAUAAAAUUGAGGACUUAAAUGAUGGUUAUACUAAUAAACCAGAACAACCUGGUGGAGGUAUAUUCUGGUAG